ACUAUCUUCAGUCCACCAGUAUUUGCCUUCGUAUUGCGGCAGCAUUUCUGCAGACUCACAACAAAAUGAAUACUCUUCAAAUUCUCGUAGUUCUUUUGGCAACAUGCUGUGCAAGUCAAGGAAGAAAUAUCCGUUCCAGGCGUUUUGUAAACCAGCCACCACCAGGUUUAUUCCCGCCAGGCAACAACCAUCUCGAUAUCCGAGCGCUUAUGGCACUCUUGAAGAAUCCAGUGAUGAUGAAAGGGUCUGGUCAGGUUAAUAGUCAACAGCAACAACAACAGCAGCAGCAACAACAGCAACAACAACAACAACAGCAGCAGCAACAACAACUAGGAACGGGUCAAAUUCCACAAGCCGAAGUAACUCCUCAAUCAGCCCAAAAUCAAGGUCAACCUCAACCUGAGCCUCUUCCAACCCAGACGAAACCUCAAAACCCGCCACUGACCCAACAUACAAAGAAUCAAGGACAACUCCAGGGACAGACACCAACACAAAAUGCAGGUCAAGGUCAGCAAGGUCAAACAAACAAUGGUCAGACACAACAGGCCCCUUUCCAGCUCCAACUGCCAAUACGCCAAAGACUGUCGAUCCAAUGCAGCAGCUUAUGGGGUACUCAAACAUGUUCACCGACCCAAUGUUUUUACAAUACUUUCAACAAUUCAUGAGAAGGGUAGACAGGAUGAAGCCCAAAUACAGGAGAGGAGACUUUAUCCCCCCAAAAGGCCUCUUCCCGGGAGGAUAUGUGAUAUCUGCUGAUGGUAGUGAUGCAGAAGUGAGGGACAUAUAUGGAAAGUUGCACUCAAUUGAUGGUGGCAUUUUCCAAGCAUAAAUCUUGUGCAGACAUUUUCACAUUGUGAUAGAAUUACAUGAUCCGACUUUUUGUAGCCUGCUGGACAGGCAUAUCACAGAUCAUACAACUACUUUAGAUUCUCACUGCAAUGCAUCCCAUGUACAUAGACGUGUUUCAUGGUCUAUAAACACCGCUUCAUCUUUGUCCAUCACAACUUUACAUCAUUUUGAUAGAAUUUUGUUCUUUUUUGAUAAAUAAAAUCUCUACUAAACA